AUGGCUGACGAGAGGAGAGAAACGGAGCGUUCUGCCGAGAGUGCUCCAAGCAGAGAAUCAGAAAGCCGAAAAUUCAUAGCACCCGGAAGAAGUAUAUUGAAACAAAGACUAUCACAAGAAGAUGAUCAGUCCGGAAACCUGACAAUAUCUAGCAUCCCAGUGAACUCUCAGGAACUGCAAGACCCCUUAGGUGAAAAUAAUACAACUUCGCGGAUCAGCACGUCAAAGAUGCACUCGAAAACAGAUCGAAGGGUGUCUUUUGCUCCGGACGUUACGCUACAUCGUGUGGACUUCGUACUGCAGCAACCCCAGAGUUUUAGAGAGCCCAGACGGAAAUGGACUCCAAAGAGAAUUCCUCCUAGUGACAACCCAGUACCAGAAGAUACAAUGGAGAUAACCCGAGUUGUGGGGGGCGAGAGUGGAAAUGACGUUUCAACAAUGGGCCACGAAAGCACCCAACCUUACAAACCUGUAUUUGACAAAGAAGUGUCCAUGGAAAUCACGCAGUUAUUUUCAAAAUAUAGUGCCAAACCAGCCCCGGCUUUGGAAGGCGUUGAUGGUCAAGAGGAUAUGGACACUACAAGGCCUCUCUCUGUCGAACCUAAUAAUAUUGAUGUGAGCUCAAAUAAACUCGAGCAGGAAAUGGAGCUCACCGAGCCUCAUGACGUUGCUUUAAAGAGGGGAGGCUCUCGACUUUUGGGAGGUAAAAAAGGACAGUCCGAUGAUGGGGAUGGCUCCCUAUCAUUCGAGAAGUUUGAUCAUGAUCUAUCUGAUAUGGAGACCACUGAGCCCGUACACGUCCCUUACAGGAAGACAACUAAUAGUCUACGCGAAGACUCCCAAAGGAUUGAGAGUCAAGAGGAGCCAUUUAUCUUUGGUCAUCCUAAGCACAGCCAACAAGAUCGGGAGAUAACUGACAUACGUUCGUCGCAAGUGGUAACGUCGACUCAGAAGCAGGCCGAACGCCAAUCUCAAUUGACAGCCCCCACAGCGACAGGCAACGAUCGCCUUCAUUCACAAACGCUAUUCAAGCGGAGAAAGGUGCAGGCCAAGGAGAAUGAGCCACACAGCUCUUCUUCCAACAGUUCAGUUGUCGAAGAUGAGAUGGAACUCACAAUGAUGGAAAAAUUGUCUCCAAUUGCGGUUCAUGUCGACCAAGAGGAUAACAGCAAAGCUGCCGAAGCUGAACUUGCUAAUCAACGCACGCAUGACACACAAUCUAUUGACAAAGGUUCAUCGUCUCAAACAUCCGCUGAGAACGGUAUUACCCUACGUACAUUCCUCGAUGCUGUUGGGAUUUCUACACUGUCCAACGAUGUCAGUAAAGAUAUAUCAAAACUGGAGUUUAACCACCUGCCCGAGGGGGCACAUCUGUCAGCUUCAGGGACCUAUAACACGUUGUAUGCGAACAUGCCCAUACUAGAGAUCUAUGCAUUUUGUUGCAAGGAACUUUUGCAAAGAAUUGCCAAGUCUAAACAAGUAUUCAAAGCUGUGGAAGAACAGGUUGCCGCUAGCCCGCCACCUGCUAUAUUUCACAAAUACCUCUCGGCCACACCAGAAGAUAGAGAAGCUAUGAAAAAUCAAAUUGAAUUAAUCAGAAGAUAUUCGCAAUUACAAGCGGCAAAAGUUUGGUACGAAUGGAGGUCUAGACAUUUGAAAGGAAUCCAAAACGUGUUACAAGAGAACCUUAUGAUAUUGAGAGACGAACUCGAAACCCUUUCGGCUCGAAUCGAUAACAUCACUGGCAUCAAUAAAAGAGUCAAUGAAAUAAAGCUGAACUUAAGCAGGGAAAUUCAUCUUUAUAGGGAAUCGUCAAAGUUCAAGAAUGUUCAUUCGAAAAUACCCGAUCGGCUCAAGAUUGAAAAGCUCAGAGUUGAUUUGGCCGGUGAGGUGGAAAAUUUGAAUGAGUGCACACACCUGAUAUCCCGCGCGAAGAGCCUUAAGAAAGAGAUUGAAGAGCUUCAAUCUAAAGCAAACAAAACCCAAAAGCAGAUUUCAAUUUUAAGUUCUGAAGUGAAGAAAAAGGCCCACUUUGCGAUACGCGAAGUGCCCAAAUUGCAGUCAACAUUUCAUCAGCUGCAGCUUAUUUCUGGAGUGUUGCUCAAGGGUUAUACGGGCACGAAGCUAAAUGUCCAGCUUUGUGGCUCAUAUAUCACAUUAGAAUUUGACGUUAAACGGCUCGCAAUGAUUGAUGAGUCGGUUGUCUCGUUCCCCAAAUCUAUCGAUUCCUUUUCUAGAGAAAUAUAUGAGAGGACCGUUCAUUCAGCUCGUCACUCAUCACAGGAUGCUGGUCAUUUUGUGAGGGCCAUUCUCCAAAGUAAUGAAACCUUGCAAUAUCUUCAGGAUGAAUACAGACGUUUGCAACUAGUAUUCCCAUGCCACGUUAUGAAAUCAGGUGGCGGGCUGGUAAUAGAGUUAACGUUUUUCGAUUUUUUAACGAGAAACAAUGUUCUGCUUCAUCUUUCCCUUAGCGAGUUUAUUUCAGCGGCGAAAGGGGAAUUGAACAAGACCCCGAAACUACAAUUGAAAUCGUUGAAAGUUGAAUCAUACAGUUUGAAGGAUUUAAUGCUACGUUUUAGGAUAAAAGCAUCUGCCGUUUUACCGUGGCUCAAAGAUGCAGUAUUAUAUUGA